GGAACCUGUGCUGCUCUCUAACACAGGGAGAGAGGAAUUCGCCAGAGAUAAUAAUAAUUCCACACGAUUUUUUUGCAGAGUUGAACCUCGGGUCGCUGUUGUCAGUCGCCGCGCUGGAAGCUACACUGUGUCUCCUCUUAUCUCUACCGGAUCUGGACUCUUUCUAUUUGCUUUUUUUGGAGAGCUGCACCGGUCCUGCUUUUUGUGAGUGUGUGUGAGAGCUCAGCGGUGCUUUAACUGGUGAAUGAUCUAUGGCAUGUGCAGGCCAUGCUAUAGCCAGCUCACUGUUACAUGACCUGGAGGCUGCUAAUGUUUCUGAAAACUGAAGAGAAUGACGAUAAGCCAAUAAAAUGAAGGAAAGAACUGCUGUGGAAUAGCAACCCUGAAAAGACCUCUCAAAACAUCUGUUCACUGACACAAGAAUGACCUGGAAUUAAGUGAAAACCCUCUCUUUAUUUAGACAAAUAUUUUGUUAAAUCUCAUUUAUGAUAUACAUGCUGGGGCUUAUUUAGCCCAAAAAAAGAGUUAACAUUUUACUACAUGUGUCUAAAUAAAUGAUACGGCUACAUGCAUUGCUUUCUGUGGUGCCAGUGGUACACAGAUAGUAAGAGCCACUGAUUCACAGACGGUGCUAGAUGAAGAUGGAUAGAUGGUGUUGCAUCCAGUAACCGAAGAGUGCUAAAUGAGCUGCUGCGUAAGCAGCUUGAUCUCUGCAUGAUUGAAGGCAGAUAGCAUUUUAACUAAUCAAGAAAGGCACACUAGACAUCCCUAGAUGUGCAACUGCAGAUAGCAGUAGUUUCAAGUUUUUUGAGCUUGUGAAAGGCCAGGUAGACAGGUUAGUUGAGUUCGUAAAAUGAAUCUUAGAGACAGCGUGGGGGUGAUGGAGACCCGGGCGGGAAGUCAGAAGGAGAAGCUGUUUGGAGACCAGGUCAAACCCGGAAAAGAGAUUGAGGGUGAGGAUGACAAGACCCCUGGGGCUUACGACUGCAACGUCUGUGGACGCAGCUUCCCAUUCCUCAGCUCUCUGUCGCAGCAUAUGAGACGCCACACUGGUGCGCGUCCUUACAAAUGCCCCUACUGUGACCACAGGGCUUCUCAGAAGGGCAACCUCAAAGUUCACAUCCGCAGCCACAAACUGGGAACACUCUCUAGCCAUCACACCAAUGAGGACGAAGAGGGUGGAGCAGAGGAGGAGGAAAUGAGUGUUUCAGAGGGUCUCGAUGGAGGUACCAGUCCAACUAAGAGCAGUUCAGCCUGUAACCGCAUGAUCAAUGGGGAUAGUAGCGAGGAGAGUCGGAGGAAAGUGCCUGGGAGGAGCUUGAAAAGAGAGAAACCUGUUACUGACCAGAGGCCUUACUGUUGCCGUCUGUGUGGCUUUGAGGCCCAUCGAGAAGACCAGCUCCUCAGCCAUAUUGAGAAGGUCCACAUAACAGCAGAUGCAGAGGAGGAGACCACUGUAAAGGAAGAAGCUGUGCCAGAACCCGAUACUGUCCAAUCCCAGAGUGACGGGACCUUCCCUUGUGAGACCUGUGGCCAGGUCUUUACUCAGGCCUGGUUUCUCAAGUCACACAUGAAAAAACAUGCGGGGAUCUUUGACCAUUGCUGUCGGAUUUGUGGACGACGUUUCCGUGAAGCUUGGUUUCUGAAAUCGCAUAUGAAGACGCACAACACCAAAUCCAGGUCACGGUCAAAAGCAGAUUCCGCUGAGCAUCCAGCCACUAUCAACGAUGUGGCCCAGGAUCCUGAAAUUGUCACUGGCUCUGUAACAUCCAUCUAUCAAAUGUGUUCCAAAUGUGGAAACCUGUUCCAUAACAAAGAGAGUCUGAGGGCUCAUGAUAAAAUCCAUAGUAUCAACUAUGGCAAGAAAUCCCAGAGCCAAUGCGGACUCAGUGAUGAUGAGGACUCACCAGCUGCUAAGAGACGUUACCUUGACUACUUAAACCUCCAGCCUGUUGAGGAAAAGACCUUAGAUGAAGAGGAGGAGAAUGAGAAAAAUAUGCUAGGUCAAAGAAUCCCAGAGCUGGAUCCAGUUUGUAGCUACCAGGCCUGGCAAUUAGCUACUAAAGGAAGGGUUGUUGAGCCAGUGGAGCCAAGUCAUAAGGCUUCCUAUAGUGGAGGAAGUAUGGAGGAGGAGGCCCUCGCUGGAGCUGCUGUGGUUUUUGAAAAGGAGAGCAGCCGUUAUGUCCUGCAAGGUCAAGAGAAACGCAGCUCAGGGCGACGCAGCAGCUCCGGUUUGGGAAGCCAUGCUUCUUCAGGGGACCGUACACCAGAGAGCCUCAGCGACUCCGAGUACCGGCCUUCGUCUCGCCAGGACCGACGCCGACCAUCUUCCUCCAAAUCCAAUGAGUGCUUUGAGUGUGGAAAGGUUUUCCGCAGUCGUCACCAGAUGAUCGUCCACCAGCGGGUCCACAGGAAGGAUGGGGGUCGGGCAUCCGGAGACAAGGAAAGAACUUCAAGAGACGACCGGUGGGGCUCCACCAGCGAUCCCGAGUCAGGCUCUCCUAGUCGGCCAAGCACUCCGGGGUAUGGAGAUUCUCCGCCAGCCUCCACUCUUGGAGACCAGGCCUCAGAAAUGGGUACCGCAAACUCUGGAGAGAUUGGAGAUGAGAAGCCUUAUAUCUGCAACCUUUGUGACUUUGUCACCACAGAGUUACAGGCCUACUUGACUCAUGUUCGUGUCCAACACCCGGCUGGCCCUGGAGACAGACCCAGCCCCAUUCCCAGCCCCAGCUCCAGCUCGGACAGAGGCACCCCAAGUGGUUACCCAAAGCUGAAGAAAGCUCUUCUUCAGGGGUUGAACUCUGCGUCCCCACCUGCUUUCCUUUCAACUCGAUCCUCCCCACUCAACCCCAGCCUGACCCCUGUGGAUCUAUGUGUGAGGGCUGAGGGCAGCAGGGGCAUAACCUCUCUAACCCAGGACAGGAAGAGCCUCCCUAGCCACAAGUGCUCGUUUUGCUCCCACUCCACUCGCUACCCGGAGGUGCUCUGGAUGCACCAGACUGUGGCGCAUCGCAUCAAUAGCAGUAGCUCCAAUCUAGCUCCUAAAUGGGCCCUGAAGAACAGCUCCAAGGGCUCCAGGGACAACUUGUUAUCCUCAAGGAGACGCACUGGUCCUCCACCAGUCCUGGAGGGAAAGGAGUGUCCACCGCUGCCUCCGCUGAUGCGUACCCAACGUACUCGGCCCCCAACCUACUCCAGCGAGGUUCUGAAGAAGAGCAGACCAGCGAGUCAGGCAGCCAUGCCAUCAUCAUCAUCAUCAUCAUCAUCCCCCUCUACCUCCUCCUCGUCGUUCUCCAGGGGCUCUUCAUCCACCUCAGGCACCCAAGCUGGGAGAGUCCCCGUCCGGCCAAGCAGCAGCAACAGCAGCAGCAGCAGCAGCAUCAGACACACUGUGGACCAGAGUCCCCAGUCUCGCUUCAGACCCAAAGUGGACAUUUACCCUCGGGGAGGCUCAUCCUCUUCCUCUAGCUCCUUGGAGAAGAGCACUGGUGCCCUCUCACGCUCCUCAGCCCCAAACCCCAGCUCUGCCACCGCGUCACGGGUUGCCGACCGCUACAUGAUGCCCCAAGAGGGCCUGGGCUUCAUGCUGUCCAGCAAACAUGGCCUAGCAGAGUACAGCCGAGCUAGGGAUUCCCCUCAUCAGCCACUUACCAACUCCCACAGCCAGAGCCGGGCUAAUGCUAUGAGGCCCAGUACCAUCACCCAUAGCUCCAAUGCAGGACACAACUAUGGAGCAUCCCAGGUACAUGGAGGCACUCUGAAUUCCUCCACCUCCUCUAUGCCUUCAGAGGCUCGUGGAAAUGUGAAGCAAGAACUAGAGACACCAGAGAUGCCAACUGAUGUUCUCGGCUUCCUCAAAAGCUACAACCCCCAUGAACUGGCUGCCCUCUACCAUCGCUGGGGUGCGGCCAAUGCACUGCUGGAUCCCACCGGGAUGCUUAGGUCUCUGAUGCGGCAGGGACAGUAUUUCUGCCACGAGUGCGGGAAGAGUUUCAGUCAGCCCAGCCACCUGCGUACUCAUAUGAGAUCCCACACAGGGGAGAGGCCAUUCUGCUGCCAGCUCUGCCCAUACCGAGCCUCUCAGAAAGGGAACCUAAAGACGCACGUCCAGAGUGUCCACCAUAUGCCUUUUGACAACAGCCAGUACCCAGACACAAGGAGCUUGUUCCUAAAUCAGGAGGAGCGAGGAGCGCUGGCUGCCAAACACCCACCAACGCCACAACAGCAUCAACAACAACAACAACAGUAGACUGUCUGAUAAACUGGGAUCUAGACUUGGGACCUGAGUUGUCAGGGACUACACCAUUCCUAAAAAUCAGAGGACUGGAAGAAGGACCCUUGAUAAACUUUUUGAGCCUCUCCUCUUCAGCCCAUCAACUUUGAUGACCUUAAAGGACUUUUCUAUUAUGAAGGCUCUUGUUUUAUUUUGUUUUUAAAGUAAGAAGCUAGUCAAAGCUGUGUUAGGCAAUUCUUAAAUCACAAUGUGGGCCUGCAGCAGAGAAGCGUGUCUAUCUAUUAACAAAAAUAAAUCCUGAAGUUAAAAAUUCAGGUGUCAGGUGUGCAUGCAAAUGAAAAACCUUCUCCACGUAGAAGACAUUAAAUGCAAAGUGUUGACUCAGCAGAAAACGUGGACUCGCAGGGUGCCUGUUGGCUCAGUAGAUAGAGCAGGCGCCCCAUGUAUAGAGGUUGUGUCACCGCCUCUCUCUCUUCCCCUUUCACACUUGUGCUGUCCUAUCAAUUAAAGCCAAAAAUGCCCCAAAAAAUAUCUUUUAAAAAAGAAAAUGUGGACUCACAACAAUCGAUCUUUUGCUUGUUGUGGUCUUCUCAAGUUUGGAAGUUUGCAAAAAUGAGCAGAUUGCGUAUCGUUUACAUCACCUUCAAGGAUUAUAGAAGCCCUCAAAAGAGUUACCUCUUGCUGCCAUUUCAAAGGUUCCAACAAGAGAGGUUGCCUAGUGCAGCUUUACAAGAAAAGCAAAGUUGUUUUCAUGUAAAGAAGCAGAAAAAACAGAACUUGAAUGCAACUGCUUUUAAUCAAGGACUGUGGCAUUGCAUGGCUGCUGUAGUUGCCCCUCCUCUUCCCCUUUCUUUUUUACUUUAGUUUUAUUGUAAAAGAAUUUGUGCAUUCCUCAGGACACCAAUCAUCAGAGAUGAGAUGAGAGAGAAGAUGCUCUGCAAUUCAUCAACAGUCAAUUGAUGCAUUUGCAAGUUCGUUUCCCUCUGGGUUCUCAAAGAUGAAGACUUGCAUCUGUCUGUGCGUGUGUGUGUGUCUGUGUGCACGAGUGUGUUAAACUCACUUCCCUCCACUGCGGAGUGUAAUGUUAGGAGUGCAGUGACCACUCUGAGACUGUGUAGCUGAUGAUUAGAAGGAGGGAGAGAGGGCUGGAGAGAGGUAGGAUAAAAGAGAGAGAGAGAGAGAGAAAGAGAGAGAGAACGCUAAUGGGGGUGUCUGCUUUAGUGCUCAUUAAAAAGAGGGUGCGUUUUUUAAUAGCCAAUAUAAAUGAGCGUACCAUUUUUAUGGCCAUUCAAUUAUUGUCCAUUUAAGAGGAAGGGACUGAGUGGAGGCAGUUUUCCUCCAUAACUCCAUCAUAUUAAGUAGCGCUUCCGACACUUCUGACUUUGAGUUAGACUGACUUCAAAACAGUGGGUGAUGACAGGAGGACGCUUGCUCAGCUGUGCACAUAUUAAACUCUCACUUGCGUGCUUGCAUAAGAGAGAAUGGUACUGCUAGUGUUAGCCAGCAAAGAUACAUUUUAAUUUCAUACUGCUGGAGGGCAAAACUGACUUUUUGGCCUGUUUAAGACCAGGCCCAAAAGUUGUAAACAAAAAAAACAACCAACCCAGUGUCUCUGGUAAAAUCAGCAGCACAAAAUACUUAAGCACCAAUGUAAUCUGAGGGGUCUCAAGAAAUAAUCCAAAAACACCUCUUAUACACAAAGUUAGGAUGAUUUUUUGUGACUUUUCCAAUCAUUCCUUUUUUCUUGUUUAAAAAAAAAAGUUUACCUUUCCAGGCCUCUAAAA